CCGGGCCGCGGCGAGAGCGAGCAGCGGUUCCUGGGGCUCUGUUCGCUCAGCCUGGAGCGCGAACCCGGGGAGGGAGAGUCCGCCGGCAGCCCGCGGCACCAUCACUACUACUCUGUAAGAUCCAUGAGGCCAGGAGCAUCCUUUGGCACAGCUGACCUGCUGCAUGGUCUGAGAACAUCACCUGGAAUAAGGUGCUCUCUCCAGUUUGAGGUUUUUCUGGUUAAAGAAAGUAAAAUGGCCUUGAUGUUGCUCAGUCGACAGCUGACUUGUUCUCUGCAACAGAACUCCAGGCUGUUUGCAUGCGGGCACAGAUUGAUCAGUCAAACUGCAGCUAAAAUUGAUGUGGACUUUGAUUAUGAUGGACCGUUAAUGAAGACAGAAGUUCCUGGGCCUAGGUCCAGAGAGUUAAUGAAACAGCUAAAUGGAAUACAGAAUGCAGAAGCCGUUCACUUUUUUUGCAAUUAUCAAGAGAGCCGAGGGAACUACCUUGUAGACGUAGAUGGCAACCGCAUGCUGGAUCUCUACUCUCAGAUUUCAUCCAUCCCAAUAGGUUACAGCCAUCCAUCUCUGAUGAAACUUCUCCAGCAGCCACAGAACUUGAGUACAUUUGUUAACAGACCUGCUCUUGGGAUUUUACCUCCAGAGAAUUUUGCUGAAAAAUUAAAGGAAUCUUUGCUUUCCGUGGCUCCUAAGGGCCUGCAACAGGUUAUGACCAUGUCCUGUGGAUCCUGCUCUAAUGAAAAUGCCUUUAAAGCAAUAUUCAUGUGGUACAGGAACAAAGAAAGGGGUAACAAUAAUGUCACAAAGGAAGAACUGGAGACGUGCAUGAUUAACCAGUAUCCAGGGUGCCCUGACUAUAGUAUUCUGUCCUUUAUGGGUGGAUUCCAUGGAAGAACCAUGGGUUGCUUAGCUACAACUCACUCUAAAGCAAUUCACAAAUUAGACAUUCCAUCAUUUGACUGGCCAAUUGCUCCGUUCCCAAGACUAAAAUACCCCCUGGAAGAGUUUGUGAAAGAGAAUCAACAGGAAGAAGCCCGCUGUUUAGAAGAGGUAGAAGAUCUGAUUGUAAAGUACAGGAAAAAGAAGAGGAUUGUUGCUGGAAUAAUCAUUGAACCAAUUCAGUCAGAAGGGGGAGACAAUCAUGCUUCAGAUAAAUUCUUCAGGAAGCUACGGGACAUUACCAGAAAGCAUGGCUGUGCAUUUCUGGUGGACGAGGUGCAGACAGGAGGCGGCUGCACUGGGAAGUUUUGGGCCCAUGAACACUGGGGCCUAGAUGACCCAGCCGAUGUGGUAACAUUUAGUAAGAAGAUGAUGACAGGAGGAUUUUUUCACAAGGAGGAGUUCAGGCCCAAUGGUCCGUAUCGGAUUUUUAACACCUGGCUUGGAGAUCCCUCCAAGAACCUCAUGCUUGCUGAAGUCAUUAAUGUUAUUAAGAGGGAAGACCUUCUAAACAAUGCAACCCAUGCAGGGAAAGCUCUACUGGCCGGGCUGCUGGACUUACAGGCUCGUUACCCCCAUCUCAUCAGCAGAGUGAGAGGGCGAGGAACAUUCUGUUCAUUUGAUACUCCAGAUGAUACAACUAGGAACAAGCUAAUUGCAAUAGCCAGAAACAAAGGUGUUGUGCUGGGAGGCUGUGGCGACAGAUCGAUCCGUUUCCGCCCAACUCUGAUCUUCAAGGAUCACCAUGCGCACCUCUUUCUGAACAUCUUCAGUGACAUCUUAGCAGACUUCAAGUAAACACACAUUUUCCUUGCACUGAACAGUCCUGUCCUGUCCUCUAAGAUUAUGAAAUUAGUUUACUUAAUUGGUACAUAUUUUCACUUACAGGACAAAAUGUGAAUUCAUAAAAUGAAGCUGUUGGUUUUUUCCCAUGCUUACCAUCAAGUCAGGCUGCUUUAAACUGAAUCUCUGGACGCACAUGGAGCUUUGGAGUUUCAUAGACCCCCAGCAAGUGCAUCCAAAUGCUCUGAGCAGUGUGUUUGCAAGGGAUAUUGCACUUGAGUGCUAGAUUGCACUCCAUUUUCAGCCUUGGGUCAAAGCAGGAAACAAGGAAAAACCCUACAGACAUGCACUGCCUUGCAUAUUUGAUUAUUUAAAAAGAACACAAUAAUAUAUAUAUUUUCAUAGGUAAAUGCUGUAACUUUCCUUUCUCCACUUUGUGUCCAGAUGAAGCAGCAGGUCUUGUGAGUGUGGGGUAGAAGCUUAGGGGAUGUCUGCCAAGCAGAAAGUGCCAUUGUCUGACAGUGACUGGGAGGAAAGAACAGAUGUUUCAAAGCAAGCUCUGCUUUCCAGCACUGCCAAGUACAGUAUUUCAGAGAAUUGCUUCCAGCUGUGUUCCCAUAAAUACAAACACACAAUCUGCCAUACCAGAGUGGACCAAGGGACCAUCAGAUCUGCUACCUUCGGCCUAUACCUAGUUCUUCAGAGGCACUGAUGCAGUUGAGUGCUACAUGGAAGUGAGAGGGGGAAAUAAUUCCUUUCUGGCCCUUGAUUAGUUAUUCCUAAUGUAAAAAGUCAGCCUUGUGCACACACAACUGUACCCAAAGGUUUCUGAAUUGCUGAAACUUAAGAAAUAAAAUGAAGCAUGUACUGCUGCCUUAUUUUAGCAAUCUAAAAUGUGUUGGGCUGCAGGAUUAUUUAACUGGCUUGCCCAUAAUAUGCAGCCAUUGAUUUAGCAAAAUUUCUAAGCAAAUAUUCAAGAUAUUUUGCAAAACCACAGAUGCAUUGUUUUGUAUCGAGCCAUUACUUGACAUCAGAUCUGUUGCGAUGGGGUCCUUACUAAGUGCACAGCUCUAAUUCAAAAUAAUUCUAUUGUUUUAGUAGAUUUCUUCUCUCAUGCUUGAAGGGUCCUUUAGAAAAUCACAGGAUCUGUAAAUGUCGGUGGUCUGUUAAUCUGUUCACUAUCAGACAGUUGUUUUGUUCCCUGUUCACUAGGGAAGAGAAAGGGAAUACAUAAACAGUAUUAGUUCAGCAAAUCAGCUUCAUGAAAAUAUCCUUUCUACUAGACAUAGCUCCUUUAUAUAUGGCUUUCCUCUGUCUAGUAGAAAGGAUAUUUUCAUGAAGCUGAUUUGCUGAACUAAUAGUGUUAUGUAUUCCCUUUCUCUUCCCUAGUGAACGUUUGAAUUUUGACUGAAUAAUAACUGAACGUUAUUCGGGGUGAAAAAUCUUUUGAACUGAUUUGUGAAUUUUCCAUGUCCAGAUAGAGAAUAGAGAAGUAUUACAAAUUAAACUAUUAAGCUCCCAGUGGCCAAUAGGUUCUACAAUGUAAUUCAGUGGAAGCACUUCAAUAUUUAGGUUGAGACCUGCACAGCAGCAUAGGAGAUUUAGACAUACGUUCUGAUAAGUUCGGUGAAACGUGUCUAAGUCUUCUGGUCUGCUUUGAAAAUAUUUCUGCCUAACAAGUAACUUUCAAAAUUACUGGCAACUAGCAACCAAGGAAAUUCACUUCUGCUGAUUUAAAAAUAAGCAGGCCCAUGUAAGCCUGUCUGUGCCACACACUGUUCUGGAACUUGUUGGUCAGAAUUUUCAUAGUGUAGACAGGGCUUUUGACUAUAAGUUUUCUGAUGAUUAUCUGUAAAAGUUCAUAGUUGGGGAAAUAGCCAGCAAAAGUCAGGGUAAAACUUGGAAUUGUAGAUUACAAAAGACUUGAUGGAGGGUUGGUAAAUAACUGUACAGUGAAACCUCAUUGUCAUCACAGUCCUAGUAGAUAUAAUACUAUCAAGAAGAAAGUCAAACUAAGAAAUUCCUCAUGUGACAACAUUUUGGGAAUUAGUUCAUUCAACAUAUCAGUGCAGUAGAUUUUAGUAAAUGUCUCUAGCAAGUCUUGUACUUUUACAGAAUCAAAGGUCCAGUAAUGAAGUCUUAUCACAUCCUCACUUUUAUUAUAAAUACUCUAGGUGUUUUUACUAACUUUUACUGACACUCAGUAACUGUGUAAAAUUGUGCACAAUGUAUGUUGAUCAGAUUGUUAGAAAACAUACUCAUAGAGCACUGCAACCUAAGCAUAAUAAAGUAAUAUUGUUUACAGCAUAUUGUGGACAGUGCCAAAUAAAUGUUUAAACAAAAAUACCUAACUGCACUUCAUGAUGUAACUGGUAACAAUGCACACGACUCCAUGAAAUAAGUAAGUUUCCUGUGUAAUCAGUAUUCUUAAAUAAAAUAUUUAUAAUUGAACUCCUCCAGUAAGUAGCCCUUUUUAUUGUUAGAAAUACACUUUUUAAAUAAAAAUAUACACUCAUAAAUGUUAUGCUCACUACAUAGUUCUGUAUUUUUAUAUACUCUUUGGGGGAUUGUACACCAUACACAUAGCCCACUCAUUCUGGUGAUACCUCUGGCUGCAUUGCUAUUUAGGCCAAGAGGAAGCAUUAGCCAACAUGACUGCUUCAUCGUUUCCUUUUGCUUUACUGCAGUAGUAUUGAGUUCUGCCAAGUCAUAUAAAUGAUGUGAACUCCCCCUACUGGCUCUGUUAGUAGACUGCAAAUCAGGGUUGGUCUGAGUGAUGCAUUUAUGAUUUUCCCCUGAAAAUACCAGAGAGCGCCAACCCUGAAAAUUAUAGCUAAUUCUUCCAAGUGAUGAGUUUGCCUUGAUGACCUGUUCUGCUUAGCAAACCGGUUCAGCCUAGCAACCGAUGAAGGCCUACUGAAAAAUUUACUGGCUGGGGUAGACAGGCCAGAUUUAUGACCUUGUUAGAUAAGAGAAUGCUUGCAAAGUCUGGGGAAAAUGCUUGCAGACACUUUGUGAAGCAACUUGUACCUUUUUGAAGCUUAUCAAGAAAUAACAGUUGCUCUUUUUCUCUUGUAUGCUGGGAAAGUAUAACUGGGAAGGUACAGUGAUGACGUGACGUAAGUGAUGAGGCGACAGAGUAGCUAAUAAAAAGCAAUUUGUAUUUGCGGAAGGGGGGCUAGUUCUGUGUGGAAAACGGGCUUGUUCUUUGUUGUUUGUGUGCAUUCAUCAAUAAAGAACUUGGUAUUUGGA